UAAGUGCGUGUGUGUGCCCGCAUACAUAUAUAUACAGUAAUCUGAAACACUGGUCAGCAGCAAAAGACUCGAGGAAUCGAUAUGAAGCUCUCAUCUGCUGUGAAAGUUCUGGGAUCUCUGUGUCUGCUGCUCGUAGAUGGAUUUCCAGUUUCUGAAGAUGAAUCUCCAGAGAUAAUUGGACCAGGGUUUGUCCAAAUAAAAACUCAUCCAGGUGCACCGCUGGUGCUUCACUGUGAUGCGUUUGUAAACUGUGAGGACGAUAUGACUCUAAUCUACUGGCUUGUCAAUGACACCUUCCCCGAAGACGCCCCCAGCAGCGACAGGAUAAGAGAAUCUAAUGAAUCCACUCUAGAGGAGGGUGCAAUCCUUCAGAGGAGUUUGCUGUUGAAGAACAUCACAUCCGAGGACCUCAAAUCCACCUUCACAUGCGUUGUGACAAAUGCUGUGGGAGUGGCCCAAAAACACAUUAAAUUAAUAUCAACACGUGAAUGACUGAAGAUAGUAAAUGACAACUGUGUAAAAGAUCUUGAUUUUCUGUCCUCUGCCUUGUGAUAUAAGUCAUGUCUGUCAAGAGUCAACAUUGCAUGUCAGCAUUUUCAUGUAAUACUUUUGUUUGGCAACUUGUGGAUGAACUCUGCUGAAGAGCUGGAUGGUUCAAAACCUAAACUCCAGUUACGCUCAAAGGUAAAGCAAGUAGCUGCUGAAUGCUCUCCUUUAUAUCAAUCUGACAAACAUACAGAGGCGCCAUCUGAUGUAGCAGUGUUGUGGUCCAGUUGUAACUACACUUACCCACCUUACAGUCAUUUAGACGACUGUACCACACAGUGAAUGUGUUGAAUGUUGUGUCAGCAAACUGUUUUCUAUGCCUGUGUACGGUUCCUGUACUUGCUGAAAAAAAAAAUAGUGAAAAUUAAAUUUAGAUACUUUUAAAUUAAUAACCAUGUUUUCCUUGAGAGUUACUGUUAUUCACACUUAGAUGUUAGAUGCUCACUAUUCCUAAUAAUAUCUGAGUAAGCAUUUCCACCAUCUGUGCAGCAGAGGUCAGCAAAGCAGCUUUGUUCCUCAACCUUGUUUUGUUGGGGACUAGAUUUAGUUUUGUAGACGCAGUUAACAUGCCAAUGUCUAAGUUGUGUUUAAUAUGUUUUAGAUUCAUGCUUGAAAGAGAUGAAAUUUCUAUUGAUAAAUAGCAGCUCAU